AUGGAAGCUCCCGCCCGUGGUGGCGCAGGCGGACAGCCUCGCCAACUCCUUUUGUGCCAUUGUGCCAAAGAUGCAGCCCCUGAUCCGAUGGCUACCUGCUGUAAUGGGCUAAUUGUCCCCGACUCUCGGCAAUGCGCUCGUUUUGUCAGCUGCAAGGAGCGCAGCAGCACCGGGUGGUACCUGUACCACCCUGGUACCUGGCUUUUCCUCACCAGGAGCGUCGUGUCGCUGCUCGGGUCGCUGGUCGUCGUCGCGUAA